AAGAGGCUGAACAGUCACGGCAUCCUCCUGGAACGGUUCCGACACCGCUCCGGUCGCUCCGCUCGACCGAGAGCUGCGGCCGCGCCCCAUGGGUGCACCGCUUGUUCGGUGCUCCGCAUGCAGAGCUCGAUGGAUCUGCGGUUUGUCAGCCUGCCCUGUGUGGUGGUCGCAUCCACAUUGCAGUACGUCCGCUUUGCGAAGAAGCCCAUGGCGGCGCCCUUCCACAGGGUCACCGAGCGGGGUGCCCGGCGUCUGCUCUGGGUGGGCCUGGUCGCGGAGCUGGUGGCUUUGGGGCUUUUGCCCUUGAUGCAGGCGUACCCCAUGAAUGCCUCUUGCUUGGUCUUCCUCUAUUUUUGGAAGGAGUCGAAACGAGCCAAAGUGCUUCAAUUGAACGAGGUGCUCUCGUGUGCGUUGGCGCUGGCCGUCUGGAUCCUGCCAUGCUUGGAUCCCACUGGCGGCGUGCUGCAGCCUGCAGAAGUGCAGGUGGACUCCCUUCUGGAGACGUUGUGGGCUCCCGGGAGUUGUGCUUAUGUGGUGAUCCUCCUCCUCCUGGGAGUGGCCAUCUGCCUCCUUUACCGAGGUGGUGGCAAUGCCUUUGUGAGCUGCCUUCCAGCGGCUUUGAACUUUGGCGUGUCCUCCAUGCUACUCAAGGCCCUGCCGCAAGUGGCCCGUGGUCUCCUUCAAGCUCCACAAAGGCUGGAGCUUUGGGCGGCGCUGCCGGUGCUCGGAGGGCUGAUCUUGGCAGUUCGAUCGGCUGCGGCUUCUCCGCUGCGCAAGGCGCUGGAGGUGCACGACAGCUUGCGAGUGCUGGCAGCCUAUGGCGUUCUAUCUGGCUUGGCGGCUGUGCUGACUGGAGGCUUCAUCUAUAGUGAGCUGGCUGCCUGGAAGCCCGAUCGACAGGUGCCACCGAUGGACGCGCCGAGAGACCGACCGAGCCGCCGCCGCGCCGCGCCGUGCCGACCGAGCCGUGCCGUUGGCCGACGUGUGGCCAACGGAGGGCGAAGCGAGGCCAUCUACGUGGCGCUGCUGGCGGGCCACUGCUGGGGCAUGCGCUCCCUGAGCUCGAGUGAUCAGCUCAGAGGCUCACCCGAUGAGCCACAAAAGGCCAAGACUGAGGCUGUUGAAGGCAGCAGCCGGCGGCAGACCGUGCUGGAGCCGGCGGGCGCCCCGCGGGCGAGCGUGGAGAUGACUCGCGCAGCAGGGGAGCGGGGUGCUGCAGAUGUUGGGGAAAAGGGCAAGGAGGAGAAGGGCCCGCUUUUGACCUUGGAAGAGGGCGCCGCGCGGCGGCGGAGCGUGGACGAAGAUGCGCGGAUGGAGGAGCAGUUGUUCGCCAAGGCCUUGGGUUCUUUGGCCACGGACAGUCCAGAGGCCGAGCGCGGCACCGCCGCGCCGCACUUCGACGCCGACUUCGAGGAGCUCAUGCGCCGUUUCGAUGAAGACGACCAGCAGCAACCCACCACGGUGACGGACUUGGCCUUGGAUACGACCAUCGAGGACAGCGCAUCUCCGGUGUCUCCUCCAGUUCUUCCUGAUGUGACCCCAGUACACACAGUAUUGACCUUGGAUGCUGAAGCACUGCUGGACAGCAAUGCGAACGAAGAUGAGGAUGAGCUGCUGAAAGGCAUUGAAGAUCUUGAAUGAGUGGUUGGAUAGUUUCCUGGUUUUGCUUAGGGUGAUUGUUGCUUUCCUACGGGUGAAUUGCC